AUGAAUAAUAAUAAUAAUAAUAAACUAUUUUAUAAUAUAAUUGAUGAUGAAUGUGGGUUCGCAAGAUUAUAUGGAUAUGUUAAUAAAGAAAAUCAAAAAACAGUAUCACCUUAUUUAAUUGAAAAAUAUGAAAAAGAAGCAGAUAAAUUUUGGAAUAAAUUCUAUAAAAAAAAUAAUAAUAAUUUCUUUAAAGAUAGACAUUGGUUAGUAAGAGAGUUUCCAGAAUUUUUAAAGAACUCUAAAGAAGAACGUAAAGAAGAGAACACCAUUAAAGUAUUUGAAAUUGGUUGUGGUGUAGGAAAUACAACAUUACCAUUACUAGAGUUAAAUGAUAAUUUAUAUUUUGAAUCAUUUGAUUUCUCUGACCAUGCUGUAAAACUAUUAAAUCAAUCAGUCGAAUCAAAUGAAAAAUAUAGGGGUCGUUGUAGUGGAUUCGUUUAUAAUGCAGUUGAUGGUAUUGAUAAGUUACCAAAAGAAACCAUAGAACAAUUUGGUACUUUCGAUUUAGUAGUAAUUAUAUUUGUAUUGUCUGCAAUGGAUCCAGCUACAAUGCCUGCAGUAGUUGACAUGUGUUAUAAGGUAUUAAAGCCUGGUGGUAUGGUAUUAAUCAGAGACUAUGCAGUGGAUGAUAUGGCUCAAUACCGUUUCGUUAGCGACAGUGGUAGUAAAAAUAAAUUGGGUGAUAAUUUUCAUGUUAGAUAUGAUGGCACUAGAGCUUAUUAUUUUAGUUUACAAGUUAUGGAAGAUUUAUAUAAAGCUGGUGGUUUUAAAACUUUUCAAAAUAUUUAUGUUGAAAAAACUGUAACAAAUAGAAAACAAAAUUAUAAAAUGGAUAGAAAAUUUAUACAAUCCAAAUUUAUUAAAUAA